UUUUUUUGUCGACGCUGCUGUUGAAGACGCAUCUUGCUUGUCCUACGAGGAAAUCCAUUGCAUUGAAUAUGGCCACCGAAGAAGGCUGGCAUACGACUGACGACGGAAAGAAGCUAUACACCAAGACUUGGAAGACCGAAGGUCCUGCAAAGGCUCGAGUAGUUUUCAUCCAUGGAUUCAGUGAUCACUGUAACAACUAUGACAAUCUCUUCCCGGCUCUAGCUGCGAAAGGCAUCGAAGUCUACACCUUCGAUCAGAGAGGAUGGGGCCGCUCCGUCCAGAAGCCGGCCGAGAAAGGGCAUACGGGCACUACAGCACGAGUGCUAAAUGAUAUCACGUCCUUCAUUAAGACCGUAAUCCCGAGCCCUGUCCCAUUGUUCAUGAUGGGACAUUCGAUGGGCGGCGGCGAGACGCUCUGCUACGCCGCGCAAGGGCCAGCCGAAGUCAGAAAGCACAUCCGUGGUUUUCUGUUGGAAUCCCCCUUCGUGGACUUUGAUCCAAAAUCCAAACCUUCCUUCGUGACGGUAGCACUAGGACGUCUAGUGGGCAAACUCCUCCCUCACCGGCAGAUGGUCAACAAACUCGAUGUCAAGCUCAUCUCACGAGACCCUGCGGUGCAGAAGAAGUAUGAGGAAGAUGAUUUGUGCCAUGAUACGGGAACACUUGAAGGGCUUGCAGGCUUGUUGGACCGCACGGCCGACCUCGCAGCCGGAAAGAUCAAGAUUGGGGACGACGCGGGAGAAGGCGGUGUAACGAGAAUCUGGUUUGGACAUGGUGACAAGGACGGUAUCACAGAUUUUGCAGCAUCCAAGCGACUCUUCGAUGCAUUGACGGCGAAAGACAAAGAAUUCAAGGCAUAUGGAGGGUUCUAUCAUCGAUUGCAUGAUGAGCCUAGCCCGGAAAACCAGCAAUUUAUUGAUGAUGUUGUCAAUUGGAUAUUGAGUAGGUCGGUAGAGCCUGUGCAAGCUGAUGCAGGAAAGGCGAAGUUGUAAUGUGCAAGUCGGGAAUGGUGAAGACGAAACACAACGGGUGGCGCAGAGCUGCGAGGUGCAGCACUUGGGGCAUGUGGCAGGACGAAACGGAGUUGUCAUCCCAAUGUAGAUAAGCGGUUUGAAUGCACUGCAUAUUUUGGUAAUUAAGGUAAAACUUACUUUAUGCUACGCGUAGCCUUGAUAACUUUGGAGAGCAAAGUUUUCCAAUGACGGUUGCUGUACACGCGUCUUGGGUAAUCUGGAGACUGGUGGAACAGUAGUACCGCGUAGAACGUGGA